AAAUUUAUCACUGACGUGUCUUAUCUUGAUACAUACACUCAACAUUGAAAAAUUUCGUAAUACGACGUUAACAUUGACUAAAGAAAGACAUAAAAAGAUUUUUUUUACGUCUGUUGCAGACCAAAACAUUACUGUGAACAAUUCUGAUUGUCACAAAACACAAGUUUAGUGAAGAAGAAAAAGGAAAUACUCAAAAAAACAUUGCUCAAUAUUGGAAUAUUACACAAAAAACAACAAAGAAAAAAGUUGAUAAAUCAUCAUGGCAACCAUGAACGAUGGUUUUUCGAAUUUUUUCACAAAAUUGGCUGGAAAUAUCAACGCUAAAAUUGAGCCCACCGUUCGAUAUCACUUGGUGAAAGUCUAUUCGUGUCUGACUGCCACGACAAUAUGCGCAGCGGUUGGUGCAUUUGUGCAUUUAUUUGGUAUUUGGGAAGCUGGACUGUUGAGCGCUCUAGGCUCAUUGGGACUGGUUCUGUUGCUCAGCACAACAGCUGAUAAUUCAAAGAAUUUUUACACCCGCCUAGCCAUGCUACUUGGGUUUGGAACGCUCUCCGGACAUUCUCUAGGACCGCUUCUAGAUCAUGUGAUUGCCGUUAAUCCACAGAUUGUAAUGACAGCAUUGGUCGGUACGAGCGUAGUAUUCAUAACGCUUAGCUGUGCUGCUUUGUUAGCCGAACGUGGAAAGUUCCUGUUUUUGGGUGGCAUGUUGAUGUCCAUUCUCAGCACCGUUACACUGGUCAGUUUGGCUAAUUUGUUCCUGCAGUCACAGGCUAUCUAUCAGGCGCAUCUAUACAUUGGACUGUUCGUUAUGUCGGCUUUCGUUUUGUACGAUACACAGGCAAUUAUGGAGAAACGUCGCGCUGGCAAUACAGAUUUUGUGAAACAUUCAUUGGAUCUGUUCUUCGACUUAGCCACCGUGUUCCGACGUUUAUUGAUCAUUCUGACGCAAAAGGAGGAACGUGAUCAACGUAGACGCAAGAACCAGUAAAUGGCUGACGUGCAAUAUUUUUUGCCCGUUUUUUGGCGUUUUUUUUCAUUCAAAUAAUUAAUUUUUCCAUUGGUGUUUUAGAUGACUGUUUUUUAGUUGGAAACAAAAAAAAUUUAAUGUAUUUUUAUGGGGCACUUAUUACUGAUUAUUAUGAGUGUGAAAUCAAUUUGAAACAAAGAAGAAGAAGAAAAAAAUUGUGAAUCUUUACUCUGUUUAAAAAACAAAAUGGAAAAACAAAGAAACUGUUUCAUUGGUGCGAUUAAAUUAUUUUUUGUAAUCGCAAAA